AUGCCACUCGACACAAGCACAUACGGCCUCGCGCUGCUUCGCCUCGAUGGACGACGAUGGAAUGAGCUCCGCCGCAUUGAAGCGCAAAUUUCCACUCAGGCCGCUGCCGACGGGAGCAGCUAUCUUGAGAUGGGCAAUACAAAGGUCAUUUGCACAGUCGCCGGACCGACAGAAGGUCGGCGAGGCGCUGGCGCAGGCGGUGGCUCAAGUGUAACAACAGCCAGCGGUACGGAAGUGAAGGUUGAGAUAUCAGUUGCGGGAUUUAGUGGUGUGGACAGGAAGAAGCGGGCACGGGGAGAUAAACGUACGGCCGAAAUGCAAACCACCAUUGCUAAUGCAUUUGCAUCGACACUUUUCACCCAUCUCUAUCCUCACAGCUCAAUCAUUAUCACUCUGCAGAUCCUCUCGCAAGACGGCGCACUGCUCGCGGCGUGCAUCAACGCAUCUACGCUCGCCCUGAUCGAUGCGGGAAUUCCAAUGGCCGACUAUACCGUUGCUUGUACAGCUGGGUCGACAAGCUCGUAUGCAGCCAACGACGAGUCUGCUGAUCCUUUACUCGACUUGAACGGUGUGGAGGAGCAAGAAUUGCCUUUCUUGACAGUCGGUACGCUAGGUACGACCGAGAAAGUCAGCGUGCUCGUGAUGGAGACCAGAUGCCAGGCCUCUAGAUUGGAGAGUAUGUUGGCCGUCGGAGUAGAUGGGUGCAAGCAGGUCAGGGAGAUCCUGGAUGCGGUAGUGCGCAGUAGAGGCAAGAAAAUGUUAGAGGACAAGAUUGCAUAG